AUGGAGAUUGUCGUCAUGCUAGAAAAGCGAAUGGUUGACAUCUGUUUUCUGCAUGAAACAAGAUGGAAAACAAAUGGUGUCUCUCUCAUUGGAAGUUACAAGUUGUUUUGGAAUGGCCAAAAGACAGUCCAAAAUGGAGUAAGAAUCUUCAUACGGGAAUCUCUGGCACAGAAUGUACUAGAGGUGACCGGUGAAUCUGAAGACGCCAAAAAUGAUUUCUGGAACAAACUCUCAAAUGCCGUCAAGAAAACACCAUCACCAAAGAUACCAUUGAUAUGUGGCGACCUCAAUGCCUAUAAUGCCUAUGUUUGA